AUGAGGAAGGCUGGAAACGGUGCGUUAGACCAGAGGACAAAUCAGCCCCAAGCAAACAACAAAAACCCCUUUAAACAGGCAGAUCUGGGCUUGCACCUGAGAAAGCAAAGGGACACGUCUCUUAUCGCUGCUAUUCUCUUAACUUCAGUGAAGUCUCCUCUGGAAUCCAAGCUGCCUCCUGUCUCCACCCCAGUCCAUCUAAAUGCAAAAUUCCAUGUGCCCUGCUGCCUGGAUGGCUGGGUCGGGUACAGAGGGAAGUGCUACUAUUUCUCUGAGGCCGAGGGGACCUGGGACUCCAGUCAGAGCUUCUGCUCUUCACUCAAUGCCUCCCUGGCUUGGAUCGACACCGAGAAAGACCUGAUGUUCAUAUUGCGAUAUAAAGGCCUCUCUGAGUUCUGGAUUGGCCUGAAGCGAGUAUCGGCGCAGACCUGGCAAUGGGUGAAUGGCGAACACUUCAACAACCUGUUUACGGUAAGGGGAGAAGGCGACUGCGCGUACCUGAGCGAUGACUUUGCCACUUCGUCGUGGUGCUCCACGAAGCGCUACUGGCUCUGCAGCACACCCGACGGGAUGCGACGGGAGGACGCGAUGCCGGGGGACUGAAGGGCGAAGGUUGGGGAAACGCCUCAGGGCCCAGCUGCCUGACGCUCCAAACAUCGCUCGAUAAGAUCCUCACUAGAGUUUGACAGAUUUUUGUUGUUGUAAAUAAGCCUCUUUUCUAACCUGCUCUUUAUUGUGGCCCCUGGAUAGCCCUCUUUGUCCUGGUUGUUUUAAGUAUAGACCAGGUCUUAGUUAAACUCACUCCUGAAUGCUGUAGUUAGACCGACGUAACCCCCAGUGUAGACGCAGCUAAGUUGACCUAGCUACCGUCACUGGGAAGGCGGUGUUCCUACAGUGAUGGGGAAACCCCCUUACCCCCCCCCCACUGUAGGAUGUGUCUGCUCUGGGGUUAUGCCAACGUAGUCUGCUGCCAUAUCCCCUUACUAUAGACAUGGAUUAAAACCCCUUCCCAGCAUCCCCUGCUGUUGUCUGUCAGGGUGCGUCUACACUGCAAUGGGGGUAUGUGAUUACAGCAAUGAAGGUGCAGUAGCACUGGGCUAGUCGCCCAGGUUCCAGCCUGUGCGGCUGCAGCAUCAUUGCUCCAGUACUAGCUAGAUUAAAAUUAGCAUGUGUAUGUUGUAGAUCUGCAUGAAUGGCCACCAAACCCUGUGAUUGCAAUGUGGACAUACCCUCCGCUCUGCUGUGCCGGCUGAGCAGGAAGGCAGCACUGCUUGAAGACGGAUUGAGACCACAGGCGCCGACUCUGUGGGUGCUCGGGGGCUGGAGCACCCACGGGGAAAAAUUAGCGGGUGCUCCGCACCCACCAGCAGCCAAGU